AAGAGUUUGACCAAACAAAUGGUUUAUGUGUUGGUAUCGACCAGAAAACGUGUCCACACGAGACAAUUGAUUGGAAAUAAGACAUUGAAAGCAAAUCUAUCAAAGUUUGGAAAGAGUUCUUCGCUUCUGUUGUCUCUAAUGCUGUGGAAAUCAAAAGAGACGGAAAUCAAUGAAAAGAGUUUUAUGUCGGAAACCAUUACUCCAUUGAAGGACUUGUUGUCUGACUCGGAGUCCAUGCGAAAGAAGUUUGAGUUAUUUGUGAUGAAAGUGCAGAAAGACGUUUGCCAUGAAUUGCAGAAAGUUGAAGACAAAGACAACGACAUCGACGGUAAUCACGAGUCCGCCAACUUUCGAGUGGACCGAUGGACUCGAGAGGAGGGCGGAGGGGGUGUCUCGUGUGUCCUCGAGGACGGCCGGGUCUUCGAGAAGGCCGGAGUGAAUAUAUCUGUGGUUUACGGCACUCUCGGCGCACCGGCCGCACAACAGAUGAAGAGUAGGGGGAAGGCGUUCAAAGAUAAUGCUGACUUGAAAUUCUUCGCCUGUGGUGUCAGUUCUGUAAUACAUCCGCGAAACCCAAACGUUCCGACUCUUCAUUUCAAUUACAGAUAUUUCGAAGUGCAAGACGUGACCAAUGAUGAGAAGUACUGGUGGUUUGGAGGCGGCACUGAUAUGACGCCAUAUAUAUUAGAUGAGAAGGAUGUCACUCACUUUCAUCAGACUCUGAAGAAUGCUUGCGAUCGACACAAUAAGACAUAUUACCAGAAGUUUAAGAAGUGGUGCGACCAAUACUUCUUCAUAAACCAUCGCAACGAAUGCCGAGGAAUCGGUGGUCUAUUCUUCGAUGACAUCGAUCACCCGAACCAAAAAGAAGCGUUUGAUUUCGUCAAGUCUUGUGCCGACGCUAUAAUUCCGUGUUAUAUACCUGUUGUCAACAAUAAUGUCAAUAAAGGGUAUUCCUAUUCCGACAGACAAUGGCAACUCUUAAGGCGAGGAAGAUACGUGGAGUUCAACCUAAUCUACGACAGGGGCACUAAGUUUGGAUUGGUUACGCCCGGCUCUCGAUAUGAGAGUAUCCUUAUGUCACUGCCAUUAGUAGCCAAAUGGCAAUACUGUCACUCACCUGAACCUGGAUCUAAAGAGGACCGACUGAUGCAAGUCCUCAAAAAGCCCAGAGAAUGGGUUUAAACUUGAAAUGUUGUUAUUAUAGUUUUAUUACCGGUAUAUCUCUAAUAUUUUAUAAAAUGUUUAUUUGAUGUCGAGUUCAAUACAUAAUUAAAUUAGUUAAUUAUUUGAGAAA